UGACCAUUUCGAAAAAACACACUACUAUAACCUCAGCAGGCUUUACUCACUUUUGCAGAACACUUUCAAGUGUCUAAAGACUCAAAACACACUCAUAGAUAUUUCAAGAAACUAGAUCUUUCCCAUCUUCAUCAGAAAUGGAAGCAAUGCAGCUCUCCAGAUCUCUCUUCUGUCUUAUUUCACUCUGCCUCUUAACUCUCCACAUUUCAGCCACAUCGAUAACCCUGUACAACAAGUGCAGCCACCCAGUGUGGCCUGGAAUUCAGCCUGGUGCAGGCAAGCCAAUCCUGGCACGUGGUGGAUUCAAACUCCUUCCGAAAAAAUCGUAUAGGCUGCAGCUUCCUGCAGCGUGGUCUGGCCGCAUAUGGGGAAGACAUGGCUGUGCUUUCGAUGCUCAUGGUCGAGGAAAAUGCGCCACUGGUGACUGUGGUGGUGUCCUUUUUUGCAAUGGCCUUGGUGGCACACCUCCAGCUACUCUUGCUGAGAUUACGCUGGGGAGUGACCAGGACUUUUAUGAUGUGAGCCUUGUUGAUGGCUACAACUUGGCCAUUUCUAUUACACCUUAUAAAGGCUCGGGGAAAUGUACCUAUGCUGGAUGUGUUCGUGAUCUCAAUAUGAUGUGCCCUGUUGGACUGCAGGUCCGUUCUCAUGAUAAACGCCAAGUGGUGGCGUGCAAAAGUGCUUGCUUUGCCUUUAACUCACCAAGGUACUGUUGCACAGGCAGUUUCGGGAGUCCACAAUCCUGCAAGCCGACAGCUUACUCGAGGAUCUUCAAGACGGCAUGUCCACGAGCUUACUCUUAUGCUUAUGAUGAUCCUACUAGUAUUGCUACUUGCACUGGUGGAAGUUAUUUCCUUACAUUUUGCCCUCACCAUUAGCCUACUUAGCUCCAUCUACUAUAUAUAUAGUCAGGUUAUUGCUCUAUUCUCAUGACGCUUCUAUUAUGAUUCGAAUCAAGCCAAGAACGAAUGGUAUUGUUUGCAAAUGUACCAAAUAUUAGUAUAUGGUGCAUUUUUAAUCCAGCAUUAUGAUGCUUUUUUAUUUGGGUCGAAGAAUGAAUUUUCUGUUUGCUCACGUUGAGAAUGAGUUUAAAUUUAGGGAAAUUACAGGCCAGCCUGUUUUUCAAUUUCAA